AUGGCGGCGACGAAGAUCCGGUGGGGCGAGCUCGACGAGGACGACGACGGCGGCGACCUCGACUUCCUGCUCCCGCCGCCGGUCGUCGUCGGGCCCGACGCCAACGGCCUCAAGAAGACGAUCCACUACCGCUUUGACGACGACGGCAACAAGGUCAAGGUCACCACCACCACCCGCGUCGUCAAGCUCGCCCGCACGCGCCUCUCCAAGGCGGCCGUCGAGCGCCGCUCCUGGGCCAAGUUCGGCGACGCCGCCACCGGCGACGACGCCUCCACGCGCCUCACCGUCGUCUCCACCGAGGAGAUCUUCCUCGAGCGCCCACGCGCCCCAGGGAGCAAGGCUGAUGAACCAAGUGCUUCCAGUGAUGAACUGGCGACGGCAAACAAAGGUACCGCUCUCAUGGUCUGCAGAUCCUGUGGCAAGAAGGGUGACCACUGGACCGCAAAGUGCCCCUACAAGGAUCUCGUCGAUACUCUGGACAGGCCUCCUACUUCUGACGGACCUGCGGCACUGAAUGAUCCUGCCAAGAGCUCGUAUGUUCCUCGGAGGCUAAGGAAGGAUGCUGUUUAUCAAGAUGGUGGGCACGACAUGAGGCGCAGGAACGAUGAGAACUCUGUCCGCGUUACCAAUUUAUCCGAGGACACCCGUGAGCCUGACCUCCUCGAGCUGUUCCGUGCGUUUGGCCCUGUUAGCCGAGUCUAUGUUGCGCUGGAUCAGAGGACUGGAUCAAGCAGGGGCUUUGGCUUCGUCAACUUUGUCCAGAGGGAGGAUGCUGAGAAGGCCAUCAGCAAGCUCAAUGGCUAUGGUUAUGAUAACCUCAUCCUCCAUGUUGAGUGGGCAACACCUAGGCCUAGUAAUUAG